AUGAUAACUGGUGCAGACACUAUAGAGGUCUCUUAUCAGAGCUCCGAAAACGUAUUAGACGAGCUCAAACCUGUAGUGGAACAAGCCAAGGCGGAAUCUGACGUGCUGCGUAACAUUUAUGACAAGAUUUUGAUAACAUCAAAAAAGAAGCUAAGGUCGUUUGUAAAGACAUUUGAUCGUUCAAAUGAUAUGACAAGACCCAUUAUUCGCUAUAUUAAGGACAAGGCAAACGCAUUUAUAGAAGAAAAACAUGAUGAGAUUCCAUUUGGGGAAGUUGCAAGGAUAGCAUCCGAAAUCAUUAAUCAAAUGGAAAAAUUGAAAAAAAGUAAAAAUGUCAAAUCUGAAGCUAAGCUUGUAAGGGACGCACUAGACAACUUGUCAGCAUUAAGUCGACUACCGUUCUUUGGAAAUUUUUUAAAAGGUGAUACUUUAAUACAAAGCCCCCAGAAAACUUUAGAAAGAUUGACCACCAUAGCUGCCAAAUCGCUGUUGCCUGACCUAUUGAGAAUUAAGAUGAACAGCAAAAAUAAAAAGAACUUCCAAAGAUGGACUAGAGUAGCAUCCGUUCUCAACUACUAUUUACAGCUGAAAACAAAACGUGAAUUGUCCAAGAAGAAACUACCUCGACAAAUAAGAAACGAACUAAAAGCAUUGGAAAGGUUUGCAAAGGAGGCCAGGAAUAAUUUAAGAAGACUAGAAAAAUCAAAAGGCAAAAAACGUGUAAAAGCUUUAAACACACUUAAGAAAGAUAUCGAUAAUUUGGAAACGUUUUUACAGAAAAAUGCAGCACCAACAACCACAGCGCCAGAUAUUGGAAGAACAACAGCACAGCCAGACGGUGGCCAAACAACUGCUCAGUCAGGCGGUAGCUCAACAACUGUUCAGUCAGGCGAUGCACAAACAACAACUGAGUCAGGCGGUGGUCAAACAACAGCUCAGCCAGGCGGUGGGCAAACAACAGCUCAGUCAGGUGAUGGCCAAACAACAGCUCAGUCAGGCGAUGGCCAAACAACAGCUCAGUCAGGCGAUGGCCAAACAACAGCUCAGUCAGGCGAUGGCCAAACAACAGCUCAGUCAGGCGAUGGCCAAACAACAGCUCAGUCAGGUGAUGGCCAAACAACAGCUCAGUCAGGCGAUGGCCAAACAACAGCUCAGUCAGGCGAUGGCCAAACAACUUCUCCAUCGGGAGAAGAAAUAGAUCCAACAACUGGGCUUAAUUUACCAGAUGACUUGCCCACGUUGGAUGAAUUUUCUAAGUUUAAAUCAUUCGAGUUCACCAAAGAGCUGGCUCUAACGGAUGACUGUAGUGUUUCCUUAUCAUCUGAUGGUUGUAUAAUAUCCACCAUACCCAAUCCUGACGACUGUCUCACUGUUACCGUUAUUAUUGAAAAAGUAUUGAAUACUAUAAGUGGUAUAACUGAGGCUCUUCAAAUUGGCUCAGUUGGGGGAAAUCCUAUCGAUUUGUCUGAUUUGGUUGUUAAAUAUUUUGAAGUAAAUGUCUGUGAUGAAACUGUCACACUUUCCGUUGCUCUAUUUGCUGAUCGGAAAAUAACAAUUAUCCCAUCUGCGUUGAGUGUUACAAAUAUCGAGAUCGAUCUCACUAUUUUAAUACCAACAAAAUCUAUAUCUGUUUCGUUCAGUGCAACAUGGGACUUGGGAGGAGUUGCUUUUACAAUUCAGGCGAGCUACGAUAGUGGAGAAUAUGAAAUAAUUGCCCGUCCUCUUUCAUCGGAUCUGUCCCUAGCCAAACUGUUAGGGAGUGUAACGAAUGCAGUUGUUCCAGGAGAUUCGACAAGUGCAUCGUCCCUUUUUAAUGAACUAAAAUUAAAUGAUAUCACGAUUAGUGAUGUGAGCCUUGUUGCAAAAUUUACUGACUCGGGUAUUGGUGUCCAAUUUUCUUUUACUGCAACAGUGUCUGGAUUAGGAAGCACGGCCAUCAUGUUAAACUUUAAUAGACUGAGGGAAGGAGGUGACUAUGAUAAUGGAUUUUCAUUGGCUGCUCUAUUGAAAGACCUCACGCUUGCAUCCAUUAUUCAACAUAUUGCGAACUAUGAUAUUUCUAGUGUUCCUCUUAUCGGUAGUUUAGAGUUUCCAGAGGUAGCUUUAAUCGGGGCCUCCAAAGAUAUUCCCAUGUUAAUAGUCGAUUACAACAGUGAGUCUGAUGUCAUGUCCCUAUUACCUUCAGUAGCUAAGGGUGUGACAAUAUUGUUUAGUGCAAGGUUAGAUGGAAAUUCAGAUCCAAUGAAUUUCAUGGUUACAUAUACUCCUCCAAGGUCAAUUGGAUUUAAAAUUUUGCCAGGACCUCAGGUUGAUAUUGAGAGUAUUCUUAACACACUUCUUGAUUCAAUCAAUAUCCAGCUUCCUCCCGGUUUUCCUUUAGCCUCUUUUCUCAAUCAAGGUCUCUCUAAUAUGAACUUCAAUGGUGAAGUCAAUGAACUCUCUUUUCCAGUGGUAAUUGAGGAUGACAUAACGAUAGUUGAAAAUGUGUUUGAGAUAGAAGAACCCCAGGUUGAGUUUGUCAUUGGAUUGGGAAAACCCAAGACAUUAAGCUUUGUGGCAAGUGGAACUUGGAUGAUAAGAGACUAUCCGAUCGAAUUAACAAUCAGCAAACCACCAGGUGGUUCUGAAUUUCUUGCAUCCGCUUGCUCGGAUAGACCAUUACAAGUUGGGAAAGUCAUGGCAAAAUUAGCGUCAUCAUUUCUUCCAGAUUUUGUCGCAGAUGCAUUUGAAACCUUUUCAAUCGACGAUCCAUGUAUUGAGGUCUUGAUAGGCAAAAACUUUGGGAUGAGGGUAAGUGGCACUGCGGUAAUAGGUAGUUUUGAUGCCUCUAAAGUAGAAGUUUUAGGAGGUAAGGUAGAUGGAGCUAUGCUAAUGGCCCUUGGAGUUGUACUCGAAAAGACAAAACUCAGCAGUGUAAUAGAUAAACUCACAAAUGGUGAAAUUGACAUAUCUUCGAUGCCAGGCAGUAGAAUAUUUGACGAAAGUUCUAUAGGUUUCGUAACGUCGACUCAUGAAAUACCGAGCAUAGGAAGGAGUGAUUUAAAAUUCCGAUUGGCAAUGUUAGAUGAUACUAAUAUACUCGAUGGGGUAAGUUUAGUUGCUCAAAUAAAACUACCCCAGGACUGUUCAGGUGAUAUUGUCUGUGGAGUCUUCAAAAAAUUCUUUGGAGCUGAUUUUUCACUGAUUAUCAAAGGUCGUCUUGCAAUUAACGAUCUUCUUCUAGAGGUGACAAUACCAACAGAAAUAACGAUUGCCGAGGGUUUCACUCUGUCAGGAUUGGGGUUUAGAGUGAUUGUUAGACCACCUAUGAUCGAGGUUGCCCUUGUAGCGAGUCUAGUUAUAGAUGAUCCAGCAUUAAGUUUCAGUGGUGCUAUUGGGUUUUCAACAACUGGGGGUGCAACCUUGGAGAUGGCAAUGGUUGGAUGUUGGGUUAAACCAUUUACAAUCCCUAUACUAACUAUAUGCGAUCUCUACAUCAAGAUAGGCAUAACGCCAGAACCUACCCUCAUAUCAGAGCUGCAUCUAGGAGGGCGUGGUCAGAUCGGUAUGAUUGGCAACCCCAAAGCAAGACUGUUUAACGCAUCUUUAUUUAUUGGUCUUAACAAAAUUGUUCCAUCAGAAAGUUAUUUCAUGGGCGAAAUUUCUAGUUUAACAAUCCCUGACGUAUUGGCCGCAUUUGCUUAUUUCCCAAGUCUCCCAAAGGCUUUGGAGGAGAUCGGUUUCCCAGAUGGUCUUGCUAUAUCUUAUUCACAAUUUGGCAAAAUGUUGCCAAAUGGUGUUAACAUCCCGAGUGGUUUUAGGUUUAAUGGUACCUUGCAGAUCCUUGACUUUAGGGUCAGUAGUACCAUGCGCUUGGAUAUCAAUGGUAUUUACAUUUUGGUGAUGGUUGAUAGGUUUAAUAUUGGGAAUGAUCUAAUCAGCAUUGAUGGUGACGGUAAAUAUGGCCCUGAGUUGUUAGUUGACGUUGGGUGGAAUCCACCUCGAGCCAAGAUAGAUAUUAUGGGAAGGGUGUGUGUGCUUAAAAUUUGUGCAUCGGUAAAUAUAACCAUAGAUUCAAGAGGUAUUUACUUUGAAAUUGGAGGUAGCUUCUUGAGUCUCUUUGAGGCCCAACUUACCAUUACAGCUAAUUAUGCCUCCUUGGCUACUGCAAAGUUUUCAGUAGCUGGCUAUUUUAAACAAACUCUCCUGGAAAAUUUGAAAAAUAAAGUUACUGGCGCAAUAAGUGAUCUAAGUAAGGAAGCAACUGCAGCUUUUGAUGCAGCCAAAAGGGAACUUGAUUCAGCUAAAGGAGAAUUGAAAGAUGCUGCUGAUGAUCUUCGAGAGAAAAAAUCCGAUGUUGACAGGAUCCAGAAUUCAAUUAACUCCAAGGCUGAAGAGAUAGGUAAUCAGAAAGCAAAGGUUGAUGUCUUAGAGAGAAAGUGGAAAGAAUCUGUAGAAAAGGCCAGGAGAGAGGUUGGAAAGCUAGAUGCUGCAAAGAAAGAGAUCACAAACCUUCAAAAUAAAAUUAAAAACGGAGAAAGCGUUUGUCCUAGUGGUUGCAGACGCCGCAGAAAAAGAGACAUAUCACAUGACAGGCGAUCGAUUCUCAAUGGGCACUUCAUGAAAGCUUCUUUACGGGAUGUCAGACUCGAUGGCAAAACUUCCAAAAGUUUCCUUAACCCAAGUAGAAAACGAGUCAUCAAAGUGGUUUUAGCCAAUGGAAUGAUUACGAGAGACAAACGUUUCCUCCUUGAUAAUAUUGAGGAGGGAAGAGAGACGGUAGAAGAUGGUAUUGAGAUAGGGAAAGAAAAGACCAGAGAAGCCGCUGAAGACGUCCGUGAGACUGCAGAAGACGCCAAAGAGAUUACAAAAGAAAAGGCGAGAGAGGUCGCUGAAAGAACUCGCGAGGCUGCAGAAAAGACUAAAGGAUUGCAACAUGUGCAGCGAAGGACGUUGCAAGAAAUACGUGUUUGGCGCCUUUCAAAACACUGA